AUGGAGUCGCAUAACACAUCCCGGGCGGACCUUCGGCACAAGAGGCGAGUCUCCUGCAUUAUCUGUGCCAAGGGUAAGCGGAGAUGCUCCCGCCAGAUCCCAUCGUGCACCCGUUGCGCCGAGAAAGGCCUUGUCUGUCGAUAUCCUGCUCCUCGCAUCUCCUAUGUUCCUCCUGUCGAACUCGUCUUCUCUUCUGAUGGCCCGCCGACGGUGUAUCAGGACCUGCGCGGAUCCACCGGCAACUCUGCCGGUUCCAGUACUUCAAGUGCUACAAUUAACGGCAAUUACCAUGAGGAGCUCCUCGUAGAUAGUACUAACAAAAAUAGGAACCAUUUCACCCAGGACUCCAUUUCAUUCUUGACUGAAUCCCGUUCUAUUACCACUGGAGGUGAACCUACAUUGGCUCCUCAUCUAUCUAACCCGUGGUUUCUAUCGCCAAGCUCCUGGGUUAUUACAGACAAUGCCGACUCCGUCCGACCUCGCGGAUGUUUCAACGAGGAGGCACUUCGACAGUUUCCGGAGCAUGCUAUGGCUUGGCUAAAACAGUGGUCUGUAAAAGGCCAUUGCCCUUUCAUUCACUUGAACCAGCAGAAGACUUUCAACGGCUUCCCAGACUGCCUGCAAGAUGCUUACACCGUUACCGCCGCAUACACAAAUUCCACGCCAGCAACAAAACAAUUGGCCUUGCGUAUUCUUCAAAGCCGCGCCGCACAGCUCGUCAGCAACUUUAAAGACGCACGAUCCUUAGAGGACCUUGUCUUUGGUCCCAUGACGGCCCUAUCCCGCCUUCAAGCUCUUCUAGUAUAUACCAUUGUAGGACUUUUCGACGGUGAUAUCCGCGCAAGGGGCCAGGCUGAAAGUAAUCUCGAUGUCAUUACCUUGUGGGCAACGGAGCUCUGGGAGCGGACCGUGCUGGAUAUAUCUCAUGGUCGCGUGGCUGAAGACAACCCUAGCACUGCCGCCAAUCACCCUCCGGACACGGAAAGUUGCAAGCAACCUGGAAUGACGCAAGGGGUCGUGGAUGCCACUGCGCCUCUGUCAAUGGAUCAGACCAUUAGCACCACCAAGUACGACUACAUGGGGCUUCUCAUGGACGGAACAGUCUAUUCUGCUUGGCAAUCGUGGACAUUUGCCGAAUCGAUACGCAGGACUUGUCUCACUGCUGGCAUCACCCGCUCCGUAUUUCGGGUCCUGCAGAAAGGGUGGUCCGAUUGUCCUGGAGGCAUAAUCUUUACCGCAGCGAACGGACUGUGGGACGCACCAGAUCCGCAUAUAUGGAUGAAGCGUGUUUCUUCGUCGGGGUUUUUGCCCAUACGGCACACAGAAUUGGAAACCUUAGUAGAUCAGACAGAUCGCUCCAAAGUGGAUGAGUUUUCGCAAACCAUUGUAAUAAUAUCAUUUGGGUUGGAGAGGUAUGCACAAUGGGGAGCUGAUUCCAAUCAACAGGAAACUAUGUCUGCAGACUCACAGAAGUUAGUGGCAUAA